AUGGCGAUCUUCACCAAUUCAAAGGCAAAUGUCCUCCAGUUGCUGGCACUGUUCAGCUCUGGCGUCCUCGGACAGAACUUGAACAAACCUGUCUUGUUUUCCGAUGGACUCUCCCCUCAUGUUGACAGCGUGUUUUUCCAACACCUGACACCAACUCAAAGCACAUGGGACAAAUGGGGCUGGGGAUGGAUUCCGCAGGCUUGUUUGUCGGUUGUGCAAGGGACUCAAUUCAGCCCAUACGACAUUGAAGUCUACAACGUUCAUUACACCGAUUGCGCUAGUGCAGUCGUGAUGUGUAGACACAAUCAGGCUCAGAUGUCGAUCAUCAACAUGAUUGAUGCUUUUGGUCGCAUUCCAAUUCAUGACCGACAAUGGACGCAGCACAUCCUUGCUCUUCCAGCAGGCGGCUGCAGUGCUGGUACGGGUGGUGCGGUGACUACAUUCUACGGCCCCUGCUAUAUUCCCUCCGUCUUUGUGCACGAGUUGACCCAUACAUUGGAUGCAUUUGUCAACGACAAGACGGGCUCAACCGGCGCGGUUCACGUUUACAGCACAACAUCGUCGUAUCUGAAUUCGGUCAACCAGGAUUCCUGCGUUCCUGACGGCUACGCCAACACCUCUCCCCAAGAAGACUAUGCCCAAACAUCUGUGCUCGCUCUCUACGAGAAGGUUAACCCUGGUGGUCUUGAUCCCAUUGGACCCUGGCGUUGCUUGGUCAAUGCCAAGAACAACCUCGACAGCAUAAUCGGCCAAGAAUUGACUCCCGGUGGCAGCUGCACUCAUCGUUGGGCUGAUUCCGCAAUUGUGUGCAUGGGCCCUGCAGCAGGCUGCACUUCAUCCAAGAGAGGCUUUGAGGGCCGGAGAGGAUUGAAGCCUGUGGGCCCGAAGCCGAAUCCUGCAAACAAGAAGGGCGACCCAUUGGUUCUCGACCUCUUGCCUGACCUGGCCAGCGUUGUCAAUGCCAAAAUUACUGACUUUUCGCAUUUGUCCAGCAACCACACUGCCGGUAUCGAGGCGACUAUUAGGAUCAACGCUUGGAAUAAGGCCGCUGGCAAGGAGACAGUGCCAGUGCCAAAAGCCUAA